AUGCCAUGUGCGAACCAAUCACGAGGGCACUGGGCAGCACAAUGUCUGCCAAUGUGGUUCCCUGACGCACAUGUGAUGUUUGUGCGUGCGGCGAAGGGAUUCUUGGUGUUGGGUGACCUCGCAGCACCACCGGCGUCAGCAGCACCGUCGCAGCCGCCCGCGGGGGGCAGAGGCGCGCCUGCUCCCGCGGGAGCAGGAGGUCGCGGGGGAAGGGGCGCGCCGCCAGGGGGAAGGGGCGCGCCCGUUCCCGCAGGAGCACCCGGAGGAGUAGGAGCCCCUGGCGCAGGCGGAGGGCGUGGGCGCGGGGGGCGCGGGCGGGGAGGACGCGGAGAGCAGGCGCAAGGAGCGGGGGGGGUUGGGGGCAUCACCGCAGGCAUGGCGCAGAUGGGUGUGUCCGCGCCACCCGCGGAUUUCCCCGCCCUCGCACCCGCGCGUGCCCCCGCCCCCGCACCCGCGCGUGGCCCCGCUCCUACCCCCGCACCCGCUGCCCCUACUCCCGCCCCUAUGCCCGCUGCCCCCGUACCGGUUGCGCCCGCGCCCGUAGCAGGUGCGGCGGCGGCGGGCGUGGCGGUGACGAUGGCGGGGCCGGCGGGCGUGUCGAGCAGGGCGCUGGUGGCGGCGGCGCGGCCGGGGUUCGGCAAGGCGGGGCGGCCCGUGAUGCUACUGGCGAACCACUUCAAAAUCGACUUCCAGGUGCGCUUGCUCAGGGGCGGGGGCGGGAGGAAGAAUGGGGGCGAGGGGGGAGGGGCGGCGAGUGGGAGAGCGUGUAGACGCACCCGGGAACCUGAACCCGCUGCUUCACACGACCCUUCUCCCUCCUCUUCCUCCCCUCCCUUCCCCCCUCCUCAGGACCUGGUCAUCUACCACUACGACGUUGAAUUCUCCCCCGCGCUCGCCCCCAAGGGCGCCACUUGUUGCACGCCGGAACCUGCUGCUUCACACGCCCCUUCUCCCUCCUCUCCCUCCCCUCCUCUCUUCCCCCCCUCUCAGGACCUGGUCAUCUACCAUUACGACGUGGACUUCUCCCCCGCGCUCGCCUCCAAGGGCGUCAUGCGGGCAGCCAUCCGCCAGCUGGCGGAAACCUACAGUGCGCAGCUCGUCCCGCCUGGCGGCGCCCCCAGCGCCCCUGUGCGCCCCGUCUUCGACGGCAUGAAGAACAUUUUCACUGCCCGCCCGCUGCCGUUCGAGAGCCAGGAGUUUCGCGUGGUGCUGCCCGAGAAAGAGGAAGCGGCAGGGGCGGGGAGAGGCGGCGGAGGAGGCGGGGGAAGGGGAGGUAGCAGCAGUGGUGCUGGGCGCGGGGGCGGGAGGGGUGGGCGCGGAGGGGGGGAGCGGAGGGAGCGGGCGGUGAAGGUGACGGUGAAGCUGGCGGCGCAAUACCCCAUGUCAUCCAUGGCCUCGUUCCUGCAGGGCCGCCAGGCCGACAUUCCGCAAGUGCUGCUGCAGGUGUGCUCUGAGUCAAAUAAAUGCAUACGUGAAGCUGGCUCAGCAAUUCCCCAUGUCAUCCAUGGCUUCCUUUCUUCAGGGCCGUCAGGCCGACAUUCCACAAGUGCUGCUGCAGGCCGACCUUACCACUUUCUCUCCAUCCAUCACCUCCCUUUCUCUCCAUCCAUCACCUCCCUUUCUCUCCAUCCAUCACCUCCCUUUCUCUCCAUCCAUCACCUCCCUUUCUCUCCAUCCAUCACCUCCCUUUCUCUCCAUCCAUCACCUCCCUUUCUCUCCAUCCAUCACCUCCCUUUCUCUCCAUCCAUCACCUCCCUUUCUCUCCAUCCAUCACCUCCCUUUCUCUCCAUCCAUCACCUCCCUUUCUCUCCAUCCAUCACCUCCCUUUCUCUCCAUCCAUCACCUCCCUUUCUCUCCAUCCAUCACCUCCCUUUCUCUCCAUCCAUCACCUCCCUUUCUCUCCAUCCAUCACCUCCCUUUCUCUCCAUCCAUCACCUCCCUUUCUCUCCAUCCAUCACCUCCCUUUCUCUCCAUCCAUCACCUCCCUUUCUCUCCAUCCAUCACCUCCCUUUCUCUCCAUCCAUCACCUCCCUUUCUCUCCAUCCAUCACCUCCCUUUCUCUCCAUCCAUCACCUCCCUUUCUCUCCAUCCAUCACCUCCCUUUCUCUCCAUCCAUCACCUCCCUUUCUCUCCAUCCAUCACCUCCCUUUCUCUCCAUCCAUCACCUCCCUUUCUCUCCAUCCAUCACCUCCCUUUCUCUCCAUCCAUCACCUCCCUUUCUCUCCAUCCAUCACCUCCCUUUCUCUCCAUCCAUCACCUCCCUUUCUCUCCAUCCAUCACCUCCCUUUCUCUCCAUCCAUCACCUCCCUUUCUCUCCAUCCAUCACCUCCCUUUCUCUCCAUCCAUCACCUCCCUUUCUCUCCAUCCAUCACCUCCCUUUCUCUCCAUCCAUCACCUCCCUUUCUCUCCAUCCAUCACCUCCCUUCCUCCUCUCCCCCUCCCACCCACGGAGGAGUGACGGCCCUGGGCGGAGGAGUGACGGCCUACCGCGGCGUCCGUGCGCUUCUCUCCAUCCCAUCAUCCCCUUCCACCCCCCGCCCUCCUCCUCCCCUCCAGGCACUCGACGUGGCACUGAGGGAACGCCUCCUCACCAGCCUCACACCGGUGGGUCGCUCGCUCUACUCCGCCUCUCUGGGCUCCACCGCACUGGGUGGCGGGGUGACGGCCUACCGCGGCUUCUUCCAGUCAGUUCGCUUCUCACAGCAGGGCCUGGCGCUCAACGUGGACAUGGCUGCCACCGCUUUCCACCUCGACAUGCCGCUCCUCACCUUUGCUGCCGACUUUCUGGGCCGCGGGGGGGGCGGGGGAGGCGGCGGGAGAGGCGGUGGGAGGGUUGGGUUUGGGGGGAGGGGUGGCCGGGGGCCGGGAGGGGGAGGGGGAGGGGGGUUUGCACCGAAUGCGUCACUGAGUGAUGGGGAGCGGGUGAAGCUGAAGCGCGCACUGCAUGGGAUCAAAGUGGGGGUGACUCACCGCGACACGCCCCGCCGGUACCGCAUCCAGGGUCUCACGCGCGAGCCGGCACACGCCCUCACCUUCACCAUAGAAGGAGAGGGCGAGACGUCCCUGGUGGCCUACUUCCGCUCCGCCUACGGCUACACCAUCCGCCACCCCAACCUGCCCUGUGUGAUGGCGGGCGGCGGCGGCAAGAGCUAUCUGCCAAUGGAGGUGUGCCACAUCAUCGGCGGGCAGCGGUACGGCCCGAAGCUGAACGAGGAGCAGGUCAGCAGCCUGUUGCGCUUCACGUGCACUCGCCCGGACGUGCGCGCGGGGGAGAUUGGGAGCAUGGUGACUCGCAACGACUACCCCAACGACGCGUACGCGAGUGAGUUCGGCAUGUUGGUGCAUCCCCACAUGACUCGCCUGUAUGCCCGCCUGCUGGACCCGCCGCGCCUCGUUUACAAGGAUAAGAAGGACGUGGUGCCGCGCUUUGGCGCAUGGAACAUGAUGGGCGGGCAGCGCCUCAUAGACGGCGCGCGCAUAACGCACUGGACCAUCGUCAACUUCGCCCCUUACCUGGACGCCAUGGGCGUGCAGCGCUUUGGCCAAGCCCUCACACAGCGCUGCGCUGACCUGGGCGUGCAUAUGGAGCCCCGCCCGGUGGUGCCGCCGCUCACGGGGCGGGUGGAGUCGGUGGAGGCUGUCAUGCGCCAGCUGGCGGACGCUAGCAGCCGAGCGGUGCCGCCCGGGCAGUGGCUGCAGCUGGCGGUGGUGAUCCUGCCGGGCAGAGGCACGUUCUACAACGAGAUCAAGCUGAUCGCUGAGACGCAGCUGAACGUUGUCACGCAGUGCUGCCUCGUCAACCACGCCCAGAAGUGCCAGUCACAGUACCUGGCGAAUCUGGUGCUCAAGAUCAACGUCAAGCUAGGGGGCCGCAACGUGCUGCUGCAGUCGGAGAGCAUCGGUCGCCUGCCCAUGGUGGCUGAGCGCCCCACCAUUGUGUUCGGGGCUGAUGUCACCCACCCCAGCCCGGGGGAUGAUUCUUCUCCCUCCAUCGCCGCUGUCGUCGCGUCCCGGGACUGGCCGUGUGCGAACCGGUAUGGGUGUCUGCUGCGCACGCAGGCGCACCGGCAGGAGAUUAUAGAGGGGCUGCAUGAGGAGCGGCGGGGGGCGGACGGCAGCAUGCAGGCGGGCGGGCUGGUGCGGGAUCUGCUGAUGGAGUUCUAUCAGACCGCCAAGCGCAAGCCCGAACGCAUCAUCUUCUUCCGGGAUGGCGUCAGCGAGGGGCAGUUCUACCAGGUGCUGGCGUACGAGCUGGAGGCAGUAAAAGCCGCGUGCCGGGCCAUGGACCCAUCGGGCAGCUACAGCCCGCGCAUCACCUACGUGGUGGUGCAGAAGCGGCACCACACGCGGCUGUUCCCGGCGGACAAUAACCGUGACAAGAACGGCAACGUGAUGCCGGGCACGGUGGUGGACUCGGUCAUCUGCCACCCCAGGGAGUUUGACUUCUUCCUCAACUCCCACGCCUCCAUCCAGGGCACCUCUCGCCCAACACACUACCGGGUGUUGUGGGACGAGAACGGCUUCACGGCCGACAGCAUGCAGGCGCUCUGCUACUCCCUCUGCUACACCUACGCGCGCUGCACGCGCUCCGUCUCCCUCGUGCCGCCCGCCUACUACGCUGACCUGGCGGCCACGCGCGCGCGCCUCUACCUGGAGGGCAUCUCGGGCAGCAUGCGGGGGAGCGGGUCCGAGAGUGGGUCGGCGGCCGGGCGGGCGGCAGGGGGCGGCGAGGUGGCGGGGUCGGGCGGCACGGGGAGCUCCAGUGGGUCGUCGCGGGUGGGCGGGGCACCACCUGUGGUGCCGCUGCCGGUGGUCAUGCCUGUCCCCAGGAAGGGCAUGUUCUUCUGCUGA